AUGUCCCUGACCCACAAGCUUCAUUUGUGCAAGUACUGGGGCUGUGCUCUCAGUAGUGUGUGCCCCUUCUUGGAAGGACGUCCAUGGCCCUUGAUGAUAGUGAUGCAUGUGCCAUACAAACUACCUGUGUCUUUGUCUGUUGGUUCCUGCGUGAUAAUCAAAGGGACACCAAUUGACUCUUUUAUCAAUGACCCACAGCUGCAGGUGGAUUUCUACACUGACAUGGAUGAGGAUUCAGAUAUUGCCUUCUGUUUCCGAGUGCACUUUGGCAACCAUGUGGUCAUGAACAGGCGUGAGUUUGGGAUAUGGAUGUUGGAGGAGACAACAGACUACGUGCCCUUUGAGGAUGGCAAACAAUUUGAGCUGUGCAUCUACGUACAUUACAAUGAGUAUGAGAUAAAGGUCAAUGGCAUACGCAUUUACGGCUUUGUCCAUCGAAUCCCGCCAUCAUUUGUGAAGAUGGUGCAAGUGUCAAGAGAUAUCUCCCUGACCUCAGUGUGUGUCUGCAAUUGAGGGAGAUGAUCACACUCCUCAUUGUUGAGGAAUCCCUCUUUCUACCUGACCAUGGGAUUCCCAGAACCUGCUAACAGAAUAAUCCCUGCUCACAU